CCUCUUAACUAUCAAUUUAGUCGAUUACAUACAUGUUUCUUUUCAAUAACUCAAUGUCACCCCUUGUGACUUUCUGUAAUUGACUAGUGACCCCGUGUAGUUCCAAGCAACGUCACAUGAACCCAUAAUUCACUCCUAUCAUAAUUUGAGGUUUCAACAAUAGAUAUCAAAAUCUUCAUAAAUAGUUCAAUUUCGUGAUUAGCCUUAAAUUUAGUGUCCAAAGAACACUUUUAAACUCGAUUAAGUUACACAUUAAGUGCUUGGAACCAUCUCAUUCAUGAAAAAAAAACAAAAAAAACAAAACCAUCUUUUUGCACCUACUGAGAGCCUAGAGGAUGUAAUAUUAAGGCUGACAAUCCCUGACCCGACACGAUAAUUCGACCUGAACCUGACCUGAAGUUAUUUAGAGUAACUCGAACGACUCGAAUUCAACAUGAUUUGAUCCAAAUUUCAUAUUUCGUAUUAAUAUUAGUUUUACAUUAUUUUUAAUAGUUUUUAAACACAAGCCGACCUAAAAUCUGACCCCGAACUCGACCGCGAGGAGCAGCUAACUUGAAUUGUCACCCCUAAUCUAAGAGGGUAAAAAGAAAAGGUGUAUGUCAAGUAUCAAGUGUGAUUCUCCAAAGUAGGUAGUAACGCGGUUACGCCAACGGUGGCUCUCGGUGGUGCCGUCGUCCGCAGAUCUACUCAGGCACUUCCGCCUCUCCAUUGGCUUCUUCAUUGUCAAGAUUUGUUGACAGAAAACUGAUUCUCUAAUCUCCGCCGAAUUUCAACCUCUAGAUUUUUGCAAUGGCUGAGAAACGCAUUGUCAAUUCAAAAUACAUGUACAUUCAUGAGGCUGGAAAAUGGCCUUCACAAACAAUUGAUGUUCAUCAUGUAAUUAUCAGGAAAAAUCGUCGAUGGAUUAUGCUUGCUUGCUUCUCAGCUGUUGUUUUACUGUUAAAUGCCUUGUAUCUUAUACUAGCACAGGAUAUGCUUGUUUCUGUUCUUCUAUUGUACUUGAUUACUGGUGUGGUCGUAUUCAGAUUAUUGCGUAAGAAUAUUGUUGAGAAAGAGUCUGUCGUGAUCAUUCCAUCAUUUGGAGUCCAACUUGAAACCCAUUAUAGAAGUGGGAGAGCUGUCCGUUGCUUUGUCCCCAUUGACAAGAUAUUGAAGCCUAUUCUGAAUGAAUGUGUGACUCCAGUGACAUGUUAUUGGAGCUUGGCAUUACUUUUACGUGAAGAAGAUGAAUUGAUGUUAGUCUUUAAGACAUUGCAACCCCCGCUUAAGAUGUUGCUGCCAAUUUGGAAGGCGCUUUGUGCUGCUUCAGAUUCCAGUGACCGUUUAGGGACAAAAUCAGACUCCCAGGGCUGAAUUUUUUGUAAGGUUUGAAAUGUGAAAUCAUAUAGGUCUUUGUGUGCCAAUGAAUUCUACAAUCUAAGGCUACAUAGGUUGUGGAGCCACAGGGGAGGGUGUCAGGCUGUUGGGGAACCCUUGAUGAACCAUUGAAUGGGAUCCCUAUCAAAGUGCCAUAGAGUUAGCAGAUGGGAGACUGCUCCCCUCUCCAUUUUGCCAUUUCCUCUGGAAAUCUUGACUAAGAAACCUUUGGGAGCCGUUUCCAGUUUCACAAGAGUAUCUUAAGCUUUGUAAAGGAAAUCACACCCAACCGUUAGCUGCCUAUGGAGAGUUCAAAUGACACCCAGAUCGAGUUCAAAUGACACCCAGAUCGAUUCAAACGAAGUUGAUUUCAGGCUGUUGAGUUUUGUUUUGAUGCUACAUCUUGAGGUGCUUAGCAGUUUAUUUUUAGGAUGACUAGAUGAGCAGCUUAGUCAUAUGUUCUUUGAAUAGUCAAUCUAUUCUUUUAUAUCAAGAGCGAUGCUCCCUUAUUUAAUUAGGCGUUGAAGGUUGUAGUAUAUACUAUAUAGAUUAAGAAGUUUUUCAUUCCGUAUGCUUAGAAUUAGAGGAGGUUGGUUAAUUAAUCUUUUUGUUUCAGCUUUUCAUUAGUAACAUAAAUGGCAAAAAACAUGGAUGCACAGAUAUUAUGCAAAUUUGUACUUCGUACUUGAUACUGUGGAAUAAUUGAUUACUUUCUAAGAUUGAA